AUGGGUGCCUUAAAUCUGAUUCCGCUCUUUAUCCUCUUCGCUGUGGUGGCGGGGCUGGGUUGGGUGGGAUAUCAAAUUUUCCUCUACUCGGAAGAACUGGCUGAGCGCGGUACAAAGCAUAUGGAGAAGAAAAACGUCGUCUUUACCAAAGAUGGGGCCAAGGUUGGCGUCAGGGAGGUGAGUGCGGAGAAGUAUACGGAUAGGACGCAGAAGGCGUUUGUGAAGACGUGGAAUGCGGCGACGGAGAAGAGGUGA